AUGGCUACGAAGUUUUUGGUAAAAGCCCUCGAAGAGCUCGGCCUUGUCUCCCUCUGGUCCUCAACGCUGGACGUCAAGCUCCUCUGCGCCCAGCGAUUUGUCCGGCUUUUUGCGUAUGGCGGCUCGACGCUCAUUCUCGUUGCGUAUCUGUCUGAGCUGGGUAUCUCCAAAGAGAUGAUUGGGCUCUUUAUGACCUUGACGCUGAUUGGAGAUACGGUCAUCAGCUUGGUCUUGACGCUAUUCGCAGAUGGGUUAGGGAGGAAGGCAAUACUGGCUCUUGGGGCAGCGUUGAUGGCUAUGAGUGGGGUUGUGUUUGCAUUGUCUACAAAUCAAUGGGUCUUACUGGUGGCUGCUAUUGUGGGGGUUAUUAGUCCAAAUGGGAACGAAAUAGGUCCCUUUAGAGCAGUCGAAGAAUCAACACUCGCCCACCUCACCCCCACUGCGAACCGUGGAGACAUAUAUGCUUGGUACUCUUUGAUUGGCACAGCUGGAACGGCAGUUGGAAUGGUCACCUCGGGAUGGGCUAUCCAGUAUAUGAGAUCAAAUCUGAAGUGGGAUGUUUUACGGUCCUAUAGAAUGGUAUUCUGGGGCUAUGCAAUUUUUGGAAUUAUCAAGUUCAUACUCUCAAUAACCCUCAGUAAGAACAUUGAGGCAGAAAAGAAACCCGCCCCUACGGAAGAUACUGAAACCGCACCUCUCUUGGGAGAUGGUUCUGAGGAAGCCGAGACGAAGAAGUCCUACUUCAGGUCCCUGAUACCAGAUAUCAGUGCAGAGAGUCGGAUAAUCGUAGUUAAUAUAUGUAUUCUGUUUAUGUUAGAUGCAUUUGGCUCUAGCCUAGCACCACAAUCCUGGGUAACCUAUUUCUUCCACGACAAGUUUGGCUUGGGUGAAGGCAAGCUUGGCUCCUUGUUCUUCGUAACAUCUAUUAUCUCAGCAAUAUCAAUGCUUCUCGCCUCCUCAAUAGCCAAGCGAUUAGGCAAUGUCCAGACCAUGGUAUUCACACACCUCCCAUCCGCCAUCUUGCUCGCUUUGAUCCCCAUCCCCUCCUCCCUUCCCGUCGCCAUGCUCUUCCUCAUUCUCCGCGCCUGCACGCAAUCCAUGGAAGUAGCGCCGCGCUCCGCUUUCCUCGCAGCAGUUGUGCUUCCCAACGAACGCACAGCCGUCAUGGGCGUCAUCAAUGUUGCAAAGACGUCAGCGCAGAGUUUCGGUCCGCUUAUUACUGGUGUGCUGGCGCAGCAUGGGCUUUUUUGGGUCGCGUUUGUGACGGCGGGGACGUUAAAGGCGAUCUAUGAUAUAGGGUUUCUGGCUAUUUUUGUGGGACAUAAGACGUAUGACGAUAGAGCCGAGGAGGAGAGGUUGGCCGAGGAAGAGGAAAGUUUGAGGGAGGGUGAGGAUCCUGAUGAGCGGUGA